AUGCGAUGCACGCAUGUUCGCUUUUUUGGGAGUAGUGGCGUUGGACCGUUUGGAUCUUGGUUUGUGCGGAUUUUUGGUUCCGAUGUUGUGAGGAAAGGAUCCAUGAGCUUGGGAAAGCUUUCGUUGUCGAAUGGCGGUACCAACUUAAGGAAGUUCGGCUUCGAUACAUCGGGUGAUGCUCCUGACAGGAGUUUUAAGCGCGAUAGCGGAGCCGGUCCGUUUGAAAGGAGCGGUGGAGGCGGAGGCCCCUUUGGAGGAUCAUUGGGAGGACUAUUCGAUCGAGCAUUAGAAUGGUGUAGCGAAUCACAUGCACGCGACAUCGCACGCCGGGAGGGGAUUGACGUUAGAGACAUACGUUUCGAAAAAACCCCCGAGGGGGGCGUUAAGGUGAUGGUUGAUGCACCGAAUGCAACGAUUAAACAGAUAGAACAGCUAGGAGAAAAGGUGAUGGAUGAGUGUCCGGUGGCCCGGUUCAGGAAGACGCAGGUUACCUCGCCGCAACAAAAGGUGGAAUGGAUACGCAUUCCUGAUCGUUACGAUCGUUAG